GUGCCCUCCUCGAACUUUUUUACCAGCACUGUGCAAAAUUUUUCUUGAUGAAAGUGCUCCAGACAAUGUAUUAGAAGUAACAGCUCGUGCCAUAACGUAUUAUCUGGAUGUAUCAGCUGAAUGCACCCGUAGGAUUGUGGGAGUGGAUGGAGCUAUCAAGGCACUUUGUAAUCGUUUAGUAGUUGUCGAACUUAACAACAGAACGAGCAGAGAUUUGGCUGAGCAGUGUGUGAAGGUGUUAGAAUUAAUCUGUACCCGUGAGUCUGGAGCUGUGUUUGAAGCUGGAGGGUUGAAUUGUGUUCUCACAUUCAUUCGUGACAGCGGACACCUUGUUCAUAAAGAUACUUUGCAUUCAGCUAUGGCUGUUGUAUCCAGACUCUGUGGCAAAAUGGAGCCUCAGGAUUCUUCAUUAGAGAUCUGUGUGGAAUCACUAUCUAGUUUAUUAAAACAUGAAGAUCAUCAGGUUUCAGAUGGAGCUCUGAGAUGCUUUGCUUCAUUAGCAGACAGAUUCACACGGCGUGGAGUUGACCCAGCUCCAUUAGCUAAGCAUGGAUUAACUGAGGAGUUGUUAUCUCGCAUGGCAGCUGCUGGUGGGACAGCAUUAGGACCAUCUUCAGCUUGCAAACCUGGACGGAGUAGCACUGGAGCACCAUCUACAGCUGCAGAUUCUAAAUUAAGUAAUCAGGUGUCAACUAUUGUAAGCCUGUUGUCAACCCUGUGUAGAGGCUCUCCAGUAGUAACACAUGAUCUCCUAAGAUCUGAACUUCCAGAUUCUAUAGAAAGUGCGUUGCAGGGUGAUGAGAGAUGUGUACUGGAUACCAUGCGGUUAGUAGAUCUUCUUUUGGUGCUACUGUUCGAAGGGAGAAAAGCCCUGCCAAAAUCCAGUGCUGGAUCUACAGGCAGAAUCCCAGGAUUGCGAAGACUGGAUAGUUCUGGGGAACGUUCUCAUCGGCAGCUGAUAGAUUGCAUCCGCAGUAAGGAUACAGAUGCACUAAUAGAUGCUAUUGACACAGGAGCUUUUGAAGUAAAUUUUAUGGAUGAUGUAGGACAAACUCUUUUAAACUGGGCCUCAGCUUUUGGAACUCAGGAAAUGGUAGAGUUUCUCUGUGAAAGGGGUGCUGAUGUUAACAGAGGUCAGAGGUCAUCCUCCUUACAUUAUGCAGCAUGUUUUGGAAGACCUCAGGUAGCAAAGACUCUCCUACGACAUGGUGCAAACCCUGAUUUGAGAGAUGAAGAUGGGAAAACUCCUUUAGACAAAGCUCGUGAAAGGGGUCACAGUGAAGUAGUAGCUAUUCUUCAGUCUCCAGGGGACUGGAUGUGUCCUGUUAACAAAGGAGAUGAGAAGAAAAAGAAAGAUGCAAACAAAGACGAAGAAGAAUGUAAUGAACCCAAAGGAGAUCCAGAAAUGGCACCCAUAUACUUGAAAAGAUUAUUGCCUGUGUUUGCACAAACAUUUCAACAAACUAUGUUGCCUUCAAUAAGGAAAGCAAGCCUUGCCCUCAUUAGAAAAAUGAUACAUUUUUGUUCUGAGGCACUGCUGAAAGAGGUUUGUGACUCUGAUGCUGGCCACAAUCUGCCCACGAUACUGGUUGAGAUAACAGCUACAGUUCUUGAUCAAGAGGAUGAUGAUGAUGGCCAUUUGCUAGCCUUGCAAAUCAUAAGGGAUUUGGUGGAUAAAGGUGGUGAUCUUUUUCUAGACCAACUGGCUAGACUUGGUGUAAUUAGUAAAGUGUCAACUUUGGCGGGGCCAUCAUCUGAUGAUGAAAAUGAAGAGGAGUCUAAACCGGAGAAAGAGGAUGAACCACAGGAGGAUGCUAAAGAACUGCAACAGGGUAAACCAUAUCACUGGAGAGACUGGUCAAUCAUUAGGGGAAGGGACUGCCUGUAUAUCUGGAGUGAUGCUGCAGCCCUGGAGCUAUCUAAUGGUAGUAAUGGAUGGUUCAGAUUUAUCUUGGAUGGAAAACUGGCCACAAUGUAUUCCAGUGGCAGUCCUGAAGGAGGAUCCGAUAGUUCAGAAAGUAGGAGUGAGUUCCUUGAGAAGUUGCAAAGAGCUCGAAGCCAAGUAAAGCCAUCUACCACAAGCCAGCCGAUUUUAUCGGCACCAGGGCCAACUAAACUUACUGUGGGAAACUGGUCACUCACCUGUUUAAAAGAAGGAGAAAUUGCUAUUCACAAUUCUGAUGGUCAGCAAGCUACAAUACUGAAAGAAGAUCUGCCAGGCUUUGUAUUCGAAUCUAACAGAGGAACAAAGCAUUCGUUUACAGCUGAAACUUCUUUGGGGUCGGAAUUUGUGACUGGCUGGACAGGCAAAAGAGGAAGAAAGCUGAAAUCUAAACUGGAGAAGACAAAGCAAAAGGUACGCACGAUGGCAAGAGAUUUAUAUGAUGAUCAUUUUAAAGCUGUUGAAAGCAUGCCUCGAGGAGUAGUUGUAACACUGAGGAACAUAGCAACGCAGUUAGAGUCUGCAUGGGAGCUUCAUACGAACAGACAGUGUAUUGAAGGAGAAAAUACUUGGAGAGAUUUAAUGAAGACUGCUUUGGAAAACUUAAUCGUACUAUUGAAGGAUGAGAAUACUAUUUCGCCAUACGAAAUGUGCAGUAGUGGCUUAGUUCAAUCAUUGCUUACAGUUUUAAAUAAUAAUGUCGAUUUAGAUGUGAAACAAGACUGUAGUCAACUGGUAGAGAGAAUAAAUGUUUUCAAAACAGCAUUCAGUGAAAACGAGGAUGAUGAAAGUCGUCCAGCAGUUGCAUUAAUUCGGAAAUUGAUAGCAGUGUUAGAAUCUAUCGAACGGCUACCUCUCCACUUGUAUGAUACACCAGGAUCAACAUAUAAUCUUCAGAUAUUAACAAGGCGCUUGAGGUUUCGUUUGGAACGUGCCUCGGGGGAGACAUCUUUAAUAGAUCGAACUGGUAGAAUGCUAAAAAUGGAGCCAUUGGCAACCGUUGAAUCUCUAGAACAGUAUCUCCUGAAAAUGGUAGCAAAGCAAUGGUACGACUUUGAUAGGGCUUCAUUUGUUUUUGUACGAAAACUACGUGAAGGCCAAACAUUUGUGUUCAGGCAUCAACAUGAUUUUGAUGAAAAUGGAAUUAUUUACUGGAUUGGGACAAAUGCAAAAACUGCAUAUGAGUGGGUAAAUCCAGCAGCCUAUGGGUUAGUAGUGGUUACAUCCUCAGAAGGAAGAAAUCUGCCUUAUGGCCGUUUAGAAGACAUCCUAAGCCGUGACAGUUCAGCUCUCAAUUGUCAUACUAACGAUGAUAAGAAUGCUUGGUUUGCCAUAGAUCUUGGUCUUUGGGUUAUACCAUCAGCUUACACAUUACGCCAUGCUCGAGGUUAUGGACGAUCUGCUCUCAGAAAUUGGGUUUUCCAGGUAUCUAAGGAUGGACAGAACUGGACUACUUUGUAUACUCAUGUUGAUGACUGUAGUCUCAACGAACCAGGAUCUACAGCAACGUGGCCUUUAGAUCCUCCAAAAGAUGAGAAACAAGGUUGGAGACAUGUUAGAAUAAAACAGAUGGGAAAGAAUGCCAGUGGGCAAACACACUACCUCUCUCUGUCUGGAUUUGAACUUUAUGGCACUGUGAAUGGAGUAUGUGAAGAUCAGCUGGGAAAAGCUGCUAAAGAAGCUGAAGCAAAUCUGCGAAGGCAGCGACGCCUGGUCCGUUCUCAGGUGUUGAAAUAUAUGGUUCCAGGAGCUCGUGUAAUCAGAGGAAUUGAUUGGAAAUGGAGAGAUCAGGAUGGAAGCCCACAGGGUGAAGGCACUGUUACAGGAGAAUUGCAUAAUGGCUGGAUUGAUGUCACCUGGGAUGCUGGUGGCUCUAACUCUUACCGUAUGGGCGCAGAAGGAAAGUUUGACCUCAAGCUUGCACCAGGGUACGACCCUGAUUCAGCGGCAUCACCCAAACCUGUUUCAUCCACUGUUUCAGGCACAACGCAGUCAUGGAGCAGCUUGGUGAAAAACAACUGUCCAGACAAGACGACUGCUGCUGCAGGCUCCUCAAGUAGAAAAGGAAGCAGCAGUUCUGUGUGUAGCGUGGCCAGUAGCAGCGACAUCAGCUUGGGUUCGACCAAAAUGGAGCGGAGAUCAGAAAGUGUAAUGGAGCAAAAUAUAGUUUCAGGCACUGACGUCCAUGAACCAAUUGUUGUUCUGUCUUCCGCUGAUAGCGUGCCUCAGGCUGAAGUAGGGUCAUCUUCCAGUGCAAGCACCAGCACCUUAACAGCGGACAUGGGAAACGAAAACGCAGAGAGAAAGAUAGGUCCUGAUAACUCGAUACGUACUCCUGGGGAGUCCAGUGCUAUAUCCAUGGGAAUUGUUAGUGUAAGCUCUCCUGAUGUGAGUUCAGUCUCCGAACUGACUAAUAAAGAAGCAACUUCCCAACGACCUCUAAGCUCUUCAGCAAGUAACAGACUCUCAGUCAGUUCUUUGUUGGCUGCUGGGGCACCAAUGAGCUCCAGUGCAAGCGUUCCUAACUUAUCAUCUCGAGAAACUUCCAGCCUGGAGUCCUUUGUACGAAGAGUGGCAAACAUAGCACGUACCAAUGCCACAAACAACAUGAAUUUAAGCCGAAGUAGCAGUGAUAACAAUACUAAUACGUUGGGGAGAAAUGUCAUGAGUACUGCAACUUCUCCUCUUAUGGGUGCCCAAAGUUUUCCUAAUCUGACUACAACUGGUACCACAUCAACAGUGACCAUGUCUACAUCCAGUGUUACUAGCAGCAGCAAUGUAGCUACAGCAACUACAGUUUUAUCUGUUGGUCAGUCGCUUAGUAAUACUCUAACUACUAGCCUAACAUCAACAUCUAGUGAGAGCGAUACAGGUCAGGAGGCAGAAUAUUCUUUAUAUGAUUUUCUUGAUAGCUGCCGAGCUAGUACUCUGUUGGCAGAGUUAGACGAUGAUGAGGAUCUACCCGAACCAGAUGAAGAAGAUGAUGAAAAUGAAGAUGAUAACCAAGAAGAUCAAGAAUAUGAGGAAGUUAUGGAAGAAGAGGAGUAUGAAACCAAAGGAGGCCGUAGAAGAACAUGGGAUGAUGACUAUGUAUUGAAACGUCAGUUUUCUGCUCUGGUUCCUGCUUUUGACCCAAGACCUGGUCGUACUAACGUUCAACAGACGACUGACUUAGAAAUCCCUCCACCAGGUACACCUCAUUCAGAACUCUUGGAAGAGGUUGAGUGCAUGCCUUCACCACGUUUGGCACUUACCUUGAAAGUUUCAGGUCUCGGAACAACUCGAGAAGUAGAACUGCCCUUAACAAACUUUCGAUCUACCAUCUUUUACUAUGUACAGAAAUUGUUACAGCUUUCCUGUAAUGGCAAUGUGAAAUCUGACAAACUUAGACGUAUUUGGGAGCCAACAUACACAAUCAUGUACAGAGAAAUGAAGGAUUCUGACAAAGAGAAAGAAAGUGGAAAAAUGGGUUGCUGGUCAGUAGAGCAUGUGGAGCAGUACCUUGGCACUGACGAAUUACCAAAGAAUGACUUGAUAACCUACCUGCAGAAGAAUGCAGACUCAGCUUUCCUGCGCCACUGGAAAUUAACCGGCACUAAUAAAAGUAUUAGGAAAAACAGAAAUUGUUCCCAACUCAUAGCUGCAUACAAGGAUUUUUGUGAACAUGGAUCAAAAUCUGGAUUAAGUCAAGGGGCCAUUUCGACUCUUCAAAAUUCCGAUAUCCUUAGUUUGGCAAAGGAACAACCUCAGGCCAAAGCUGGCAGUGGGCAGAACUCCUGUGGAGUAGAAGAUGUUCUGCAGUUACUUCGCAUUUUGUAUAUAGUUGCCAGUGACCCUUACACAGCACGAACUUCUCAAGAAGAGGGAGAUGAACAUCCUCAGUUUAACUUUCCACCAGAUGAAUUCACAAGCAAAAAAAUUACUACAAAGAUUCUGCAACAGAUUGAGGAACCCUUGGCACUAGCAAGUGGAGCUUUGCCAGACUGGUGUGAGCAGCUAACAAGCAAGUGUCCUUUCUUAAUUCCAUUUGAAACAAGACAGUUGUACUUCACAUGCACAGCAUUUGGAGCAUCAAG